AUGUUUAUACAGAGGAACAGAGGAACCAAUCAUUUUCCAAACGAGGCCACCAGUAAUAUGCGUGAACCACAAUUUAAGCAGAAUACGUUACCGCGUGGCGACUUUGUUCUAGAAUCACAACUUCAACCGCCAACGGAUAAUUCAAGAGUACACAGAGUUAAUCGCGUAACUGCUGCAAACGUAAGCUACACAGAAAUUACUACUACCGAUGCCGGUGAUUUGUCAGUCAAUGAUGCAUCAGAGUCUGAAAAUCAAGAGGUUCUUGAUAAAUCAGUGACAUCAGAGCUGGUGGAAGAAAAUAAAUCCAUUGUUCUUCAAGGGAUUGGUCAAAGUCAAGAACGAGAGGGUAAUAAUGAAGAAGGCACAAGAAAAAGAAAACGUAAUAUACCAUUGUGGAAGACAAAGGUGCAGAAAAAGUUAAGAAUGGAAGGAAAAGCCCAUACCACUCAAACAGGAAAGCCCAAGAGAAAACGAGUCGUAAAAGAAGUAAGAUGUCGUUGCCACUAUAAAUGCAAUCAAAAGAUAACAGAAGAUCAAAGAAAAACUAUGUUAGAGAAUUACUUAAAACUUGAAACUAAGAGGUUAAGAUUGCGAAACAUGUAA